AACUUUUUGUUUGCCUUUCUAAAAUUCUAUCUCCUGAAAAUUUCUUCCGUAUAUUUCGUGAAAAUGUAAAUUGCAGUUUAUGUAUGGCAUCGUGAUGAGCAAUAGGAAAAAUGGCAUGCAUGAAGUUGGGUUCGAAAGCAGAUGUGUUUCAGUUGGAGGGCCAAAGUUGCUGUUGAGACUGCUCUCUUCAGGCUCUGCACCACUGGCCUUCCUAGCGAUGUUCGUGUCGAAGCCGGAGAGAUGUCCUUCCAUCUUCACAAGUUUCCUCUUCUAUCAAGGAGCAGAUUGCUCGAGAGAAUGAUCCAAGACAAGGAUGAUCAAGCCAAGAGCGUGUUGUCUCUCCACGAUUUACCCGGUGGAGCUGGCUCGUUCCUCCUCGUAGCCAAGUUUUGUUACGAUGUCAAGUUCGAGCUCACUUCAACCAACGUGGUGAGCCUGAGAUGCGCAGCCGAGCACCUCCAAAUGACAGAGGAUUACGGAGAAGGCAACCUCAUCUCGCAGACAGCAACUUUCCUUGAACAAGUGCUCAACACUUGGGAGGGCACCGUGCAAGCCCUCGAGACCUGCGAGGCAGUGCUCCCCUUCUCAGAGGAGCUUGACAUUAUCUCAAGAUGCAUCGACUCCCUCGCUGACAAGGCCUGCGAGGAGCGGGGCUGGCCUCAGCGUUACCACCACAGCCCGGUGUGGAAUGGGAUACACUCAUCUUCGGAGCCUUGCUCCCCGGCUGGGGACUGGUGGUAUGAAGACGUGGCCGUGCUCAACCUCCCCCUCUUCAAGAGGCUGAUUGACGUCGUCACUUGUAAGGGGAUGGCGCCUAGCAGGAUAGGCGGUGCCCUGAUGCUCUACGCGAAGAGGCACCUCCCUUUACAUGGGAGAUCAAGGUCAGGCAGCUUCCAAGAAAGAACCCAUGAAUCAGAUGAGGAGCAGAGGACUCUGGUGGAGGAGAUAACCGAGCUGCUCCCCAAUCAGAAGGGUGCGACGCCAACCAGAUUCCUCCUCGAGCUUCUCAAGGUCGCCAUGAUCUUGGAUGCUGGGGCGGCCUGCAGGGAGACGUUGGAGAGACGGGUUGGGGCGCAGCUGGAUCAGGCGGUCCUGCAGGACCUUCUGAUCCCGAAUACUGUCCCCUUGGAGGAGACCCUCUACGACGUGGAGUGUGUGCAGAGGAUAGUUGAUUACUUCUUGGAUAUGGUUGGAGAUGAUGAGUAUGAGGGGGAAGAGGAGCAAUCUGUCGAAGGGUUUGAUUCGCCCCCACUUAUGACAAUCGUGGCGAAUCUGUUGGAUGGAUACCUAGCUGAGAUUGCAAAUGAUGUUAACUUGAAGUUGGAAGACUUUGUGCUGCUUGCAGCUUCGCUCCCCGACUAUGCCAGGUCGUUGGACGAUGGAAUCUACCGUGCCAUCGAUAUAUACCUAAAGGCACAUCCAUGGUUAACAGAGCAAGAGAGGGAGCUGGUGUGCAGGCUGAUGAACUGCCAGAAGCUAUCAAUAGAGGCGAGCACGAGUGCAGCUCAGAAUGAGAUGCUGCCACUGAGGGUGACAAUGCAGGUGCUAUUCUUCGAGCAGCUGCGGCUGCGGUCCUACAUGGCCGGGUGGUUCGUGGUGUCGGACACCCUGGGAGGAGGGAGCAACGAGCGGCCCUCGGCAGUGAGCUCGGUGGCCGGAGGGGGAGGGGAUCAGAGCAUAACGUUGAACGAGGUGAGGGAGCGGGUGAGCCGCCUCGAGAACAAGUGCGAUAGCAUCAAACAUGAGAUAAGGAAGCUGGUGAGGACAAAGGGGAGAUGGGUCAACUUCUACAAGAGGUUUGGUUUGAAAGUUAGAACUAAGUCUUUUGAUCUCAAGUCUGAUGCCAAGUCGCCUACUAAUCAAGAUUGACUCACAUCUUUCUUUUCUUCUUCUUUUUCUUUACAAGAUUUUGAUGGUAUAGAUAUCAUAGGAUGCAGGAUUGUAGUGGUGAAGUUGGUUGAUUCAGUUUUAGACAUUCCUCUCUCUAGUUGAAUAUGUGAAUGAAUUCAGAUACGAGUUCCAGAUCUUCUA